AGAGGAUGACAGGGUUUGUUUCAAUCUCCUUCAGCUUAUUUUUCCCUGGUCACUCAUCUCUUACUAACUACUUGUCUUCCAACUUUCCUUUUGUCUCACUUUUAAUCAACACAAACAGGAAAAGAGAAAACAAAGCCCGGGACUGUCAGACUUUCAAAAGGUCAUUAACAUCUGGAGCGCCGAGGACAACAGUCCUGCUGAUCACAGGGAGGACCUUAUGACCAGAGUGAGGACAGAGGGAGGUGAGAAUGAAGGAUAGAUUACAACGGGACACUCAGAGCUCAUUCAGAGGACCCAGCUGAGUUUAAGAGUGGAGAUGAGUAAAAUCAUGAAUCAUCCUGGAAAUUCCUGAUCGGAUGCUAACAGAAAACGGGGUCGUCAUGUCUGGAAGCACAGGAGGAUGACCGGACAGCCUCAUCUCAUAUGCACAGGAGCAGGAAAAAUGACACCUUCAUGGUCCUCCAUGGGGAACUGGGCAGUGACCCUGUGGUUUUUAUCGGGCUGCUUCACCUGCUCUGCAGCUAUUUAUACCAACAACAGACCAGCGCCCGCAGAACCCAUGAAGCUGCAGUAUCUUCUGGAGCCGCCUGUGUAUGCAGAGGUUUCUGGACGAAGGGGAGACAACGUCACCUUGCCGUGUAUCCUCAAAACCAAACCCAACCACUACAAGAUUAAGUGGACAAAGCUGGAGCCGGACCGCGUCGGACAUGAAAACAUUGUCAUGAUAUCAAACGCAAAAGACUUCAAGCCUUACGGCCACCUUGGAAAGCGGGCCUCUCUACGCGGGGCUCACGCCAUGGACGCUUCCUUGCAGAUAAGUAGUCUUGAGCUGGAGGAUGGCGGCACCUAUCGCUGUGAGCUGAUUAAUGGAAUAGAGGAUGAGAACGUGCGCAUCGCUUUGAGGAUUGAAGGUGUGGUCUUCCCUUAUCAGAGUAAAAAUGGCCGCUACAAGCUCACUUUCCAUGAGGCCAAGCAGAUCUGUACUGAGCAGGAUAGCACACUAGCCACUUACGGCCAACUCUACAGAGCCUGGACCGAGGGCCUGGACUGGUGCAACGCAGGCUGGCUUCAUGAUGGAACUGUUCAAUACCCCAUCAUUCUUCCACGGCCCGUGUGUGGGGGUCAGGUGCUCCCAGGCAUUCGCAGUUAUGGGCCGAAAGACAAGGAUCAUGAUCGAUUUGAUGCUUUCUGCUUUACGUCCCAGACACCCGGCUCCGUCUUCUACAUUUCGGGAUCUUUCACCUUCGAUCAGGCCGCGCGUGCUUGCCAAAGUCAGAAAUCCGACAUGGCUCUGGUUGGGCAGCUGUAUGCCGCCUGGCACUUCCAGAAUUAUGAUCAGUGCGACGGCGGUUGGCUGAAAGAUGGAAGUGUGCGCUUUCCCAUCAGCAACCCCAGGAAGCGCUGUGGAGGCAUCCCAGAGGCAGGCGUGCGCUCGUUCGGAUUCCCCAACAAGACCACACAUCUGUACGGGGCCUACUGCUAUCGGUAGCCAAAACAACCUCAGAUCAGUCAAGCAGAACCAUUUACAAAAGCGCCAAAACCCCGAAAGACUAUGUGAACAUUGUUGAUUAAAUUCUAUGUAAUUUAGUGCAGGGAGGAAAAAAAGAUUAGUGUAAUCCUGCAGCUACAAAGAACAGCAUUUCUGAACCUUUUUAACCUCCGAAAGAAUACAGAGACGUUUGUGUUCCUCCUUUCUCUCUCUGUUAUCAGGCUUCGUGGGUUACAAGCCAAACACUUGUUCGAAUUUUGAUGCAAACAUGAUGCGGACAAAGAAUAAUUGUCAGAAAAACAAACAAGAAAUUCAUCUGGAAAACAACUGUCAGCUGCUUUGACAGGAACUAUUUUGUAACUGUUGGGAUCAACGGGAAAAUGUGGAUGUUUGAACAUAGCACACAACACAAUCAUCUUCCACUUAACUUGUAACGGCUUAAUGAGAAAUGUGUAAACCCACCUGUGUGUCUCUUUAAUGUGACUAUUACUUGCUAACUCAUUCCAAACAGCCAAAACCUAACUUACCUUUCUGUUUAUUAAUGGUAUGGAAAUAAAUCUGUUCAGUAAAGACGUCUAAACAUCUGUUUUUUAAUUCCAUUAUUUAACUGAAGUUUUGGAAAAAGAAAGAAAUCCCACACAACUACUAGGAAA